CUUCCACAAGUUAACCUUUCCCUUUGCAACCACACCAUCUUGCCAGGCAUGGCAGACCAACGGGCCAAGAUCAUCGAGGACCAUCCCAUUGGAAAAGGCCUUGAUGCCUUUCGGGAAUCGUUUUGUUCGGUUUACGGCGGCACCAUCAUUUCGCACGCUCUGGAUGCUUUGGAUGAGUUGGACCAGGAAGAAGUCCGAACAUGCCUUCUUCUUCUCCUCUCCGCAAUCCAUGUUCUUCCAGCCGCCCGUCGUCUCCGUUCCAGCAGCGGAAGGUCUCUGUUCACCGAAUUGCCAAGACUCAGUGUUGCAAUCGGGUCUGACGACUUCGACCUCAACCGCCUUACGCCUCUUCUGAAAGCCGCCCUUGCCGACAAACCUGAUGACUCCAAGAUUUGGGAAGAAGUGUCCCAGGCCGUUGCCGAAUCUACACCGCCUCCGCGACCGAUCGCAUCCUCCCUUCAACAAACGCCGUGGCUGCACAACACGAGCGGCUUUGCGAACUCGUCCGAAUACAGACGCGAUGUGGAUAGGGUGCUCAAGCAGGAGCUCGGUCCUCUCUAUGUUGGGCUUCGUCGACUCCCGGAAGUCUUCUUUGGACGGGUACCCGGGCUGGACGCUGCGUCCCAGGUCGUCUUCACCAGGUGCACGGAAGGCAACGGCCCCCUCUUCUGUAGAGGAUGGGCUGGCUGGCCAAAGGACGCAAACCAAGAUUCUGUCCUGGAGUGGUUCUCGGGCAUAAGCCAGAAGCUUGCAAUGUUCGCCGAGGCAACAUUGUCGGUUCCAACGCAUGGACGGCGGCCUCUGGCGCAACCCAACCAACCAAUUCUCGAUUCUACAGCGGAGCGCAAGUUGGACAUAGCCUUUGUGGACGACCCAGGCGCGUUGAAAGACUCCCGGUUACAUUGGUCGCACAUUCUCGUCCCGGGAGAGUUGAAGAGCAACCCGUUGGCGGAUACAAAGUCUAAAGCAUGGCUCGACCUAGGGAGGUAUGCCAGGGAAGUUCUGGCGGCUCAAGACACACGUCGAUUUGUCCUGGGCUUCACCUUAUGCGGAUCGUUUAUGAGAAUAUGGGAGUUUGACCGCCUUGGAGGAAUUGCAUCCGACAACUUCGACAUCAACGAAGACGGGCUGCGCUUCGUCUUCACGGUUCUUGGCUUCCUCUGGAUGGACCGUGAAGCCCUUGGUUUCGACCCUACAAUCACUACGGAGGGCAGUCGACGCUUUAUUUCGAUCGCCCGAAACGGCCAGGCAGAGCGACUUGUCAUUGAUAAACGGAUGAAGAGGGCACCCUGCAUUGCUGGCCGCGCCACGACCUGCUGGAGUGUUCACCGAGAGGACGAGCCCCAGACUUCUUUUGUGGUCAAAGACUCGUGGCAAUACACUGAACGGGAGGAAGAAGGCGAGCUCCUCAAGACGGCGACCGAAGAAGGUGUGGUCAACGUGGCGCGUUACUACCAUCACGAGACUAUCCAUGUCCGCGGCGAAGUCGACGACGUUUCGAGCAAUAUUCGAGGGAACCUCAACAUCCGAGAAGCGAGCAAUUAUCGAGCAGAUCGGUUGGGUCAACCAGGGAGCUCGAGUGCGGUCGAUGUUCCCCGGAAAGGUCGGAGCAGUGUUGCUGCUGGCAAGAAACGCUCCUCCAGUCAGACAGAGGCCCCUCUACCACCGAGCAAGCGAUCUUGCUCUGCGUCACCAACCAAGGCUAGCGGUCCUGCACUGCCGAACCGGGUGCAUCGUCGCGUCAUUGUUCAGGAUUGUGGGACGCCGAUCUACAAAGCCAAGUCCCCUUCGGUGCUGCUCUCAAUUCUGAGCGACUGCAUUGAAGGUCACAAAUCAUUACGACAAAAAGCCGGCCUCCUCCAUAGAGACAUCUCUGUAAACAACCUGAUGAUUCGUGGAGAGAAGGGUUUUUUAAUUGACCUUGACCUUGCCGUCGCGGAGCAACGCGAGGAGGCCUCAGGAGCACAUGGGAAAACCGGUACAAGAGCCUUCAUGGCGAUCGGUGCCCUUCUGGGCGAGCAGCAUUCGUUCAUGCAUGAUCUCGAGUCCUUCUUCUGGGUCCUGUUUUGGAUAUGCAUUCACCACACCGGACCUGAAGAAAGUAGAGUGGUGCCGCGAUUUGAGAAGUGGAACUAUGUAGAUACGGAGGAACUCGCAGGGAUGAAGUUGGGAGUAGUGUCUGACGAUGAUAUCUUUGGGAAGAUCACGAUGGAAUUUUUCACCGACUACUUCAAGGCCUUGAUCCCUACUGUCGGUCGGUUACGAAGAGCGGUGUUCCCCGGAGGGGGAAGAUGGAAGAAAGAAGUCAGCGGGUUGUAUUCCUCCAUGCAGGAGAUUCUCCGUGAGGCCCGAAAGGACCUUUAUGUCCCAGAUAAUUGACAAAUACCCGACCCCAUCGAAGUCAUUGCUAGAGCAUUGCCGCCUCCGUUCAAGAACAGGAGUACCUCGACGCGCUCUCCGCGUCGUCUCUUGAGUAUGAUGCACAUUUCUGGGGUCGACCCGGAGCAGUUGAGCCGGUCCAGCGGGCUCCAAAAUGGCGUUCAGG